AUGUCACUUUUUGGCGCAUCCAGUAGUGCAGCAACGGCCACUGGCUUCCCUCGAUCUUCGUCCUUUCCAGCACAGCCUGCUGCUCCUAAGCCCGCUUUUUCAUUUGGCGGUACGACUGCGCCGUCGGCCGCGGAGCAGAAGCCAGGCGGCCUGUUUAGCAGCACUGCAGGAGCACCGACGUCCGGGACAGGCUUGUUUGGCGCUCAGAGUAAUGCGCCGCAGCCACAAAAACCUGCAGGUGGCUUAUUUGGUAUGCAGGCGCAGCAGCCGCCUGCCAACACGAGCUUUUUCGGCGCAUCACAGCCAGCACAACCGCCCGGCACAACCGCAGGCGGACUCUUUGGCAACUCACAGCAAGCACAACAGCCGGCCCAAGCAGGCACAGGCUUCUUUGGCGCUACACAGACGUCCGCUCCAACGGGUGGACUCUUUGGCAGUAGUGCGCAGCCCAGCAACACAGGGAAUUUGGCUACCAAUACCCAGCCGGCCACCGGCGGAUUGUUCGGCGCGCAACCGAAACCUUUCGGCACCUCUACACUCCCUUUUAAUGCACAGCCCGUAGCGCAUGCAUCGCCUUUGAUGCAAAGCAAUUUUUACCAGCGCGAAAGGUUUAAUGAGCUGCCCGAGCCGCAGCAAAAGGUGUUGGAAGAGAUGGAAAAAUUUAUUACCGGCCAAGUCCAGAUAAAGAAUGAGCUGCACGCGCGCGACCAAAGCACCGACAUGCGUCACCUCAUGGCCGGUAUUCAAGAUUUUCGAUCGAUGCAAGAAGCGCUUUCUGCCUCGUUAGAGGCCGAUACCAUGCGUGUCCAAUCCAUCGCGACGUCGGUGGGCAAAGAUCGCGACGAUAAUGUGCACCUGUACCAGAUCGCGACGAAUGCCAAAGACCGGCUGAGCGAUGGCGCAAGCUUUGUCGACUGGCUGCGCCAAUUUUACGAGGGCGCAGCGGACGAUUUUGUCGUUCGUAUUCAACGAUACCGCGUCACCAUGGAACAGAUCGAGCGGCAUUUGCUCUCGCUCGAACAGCGCGAACAAUUCGCGCCCCAAGGUAUGUCUUAUGUUUGUAUCUAA